UUUAUUCAUGCUCUAAAAAACCCAAGGCUUUUUCUCUUCUCUUCUGCUCUCUCUCCCUGUAAGAAACAGACCUGAACCAAGCUAAGGAAAAGAAUUAUAUAUGCAGAUGGAAAAAUAACAGGAAUAAUAAUGCUGAAACAGAACAACCAGGAGAAAAAAAGAAAGCAAAGGGUCUUUUUUUUUUCUCUCUCUCUUUGCAGUGGGGACGGCAGGUGGGAGCUUUCUAAGCCAGACAAAGGAGACCUGACAAGGAACUGUGGUGAAGGGACAAGCCCAAGGCAAAGAAGUGUCCGGUCCCCUCCUCUCCUGGAGCAGGCAGCGGAGAUCUGGAUAGACAGGAGACAUUUUGCAAGACUCAACACCUGGAGCAGUGCUAACCAGGUGGGCAGCCCUGAUGUCAGCCAAGCUCUAUGUCCUCAUCAGUUGGCCUGACGGCAGCCGGGUGAUCAACAUCGAGAAUAUCAAGGAGCCGCGCAAGCCAUUCCACCUGUACGCGGUGGGUGAGCAGGUGCUGGCCCGCUGCCCUGGCUUCAGUGGGCUCUACUGGGGGAUGGUGGAAGGCAUAAGCGAGCAUAAAGAUGUUUUAGAGAAGAAGCUGCUGGAAGAUAGACAGCUCCUGGAGAAGUUAAAAGAACCAGCUGUCCAGAGCAUGAUGCCACCCCAGCCAAAAAAAUCUAGGAAAACCUUCCCAAAAUGGACCUCAGGGAACGUAUCCAGGAAAUACCACAGCGAGAGGACAUAUCCUGCCAAACCGCUGCUGAGGGCAGCUGAGGCCAACCCGUCCCAUGACACUGGCAGCUCCUCCAUCAUCAAGGAGAGGUGUGCCCUGGACAACGCAGCAGGAAGUCCGCGCUCACUGGCAGGGCCACCCCACCCAGCCAAUGCCUUCACAACCCCCUCCCCAUUUGUCACCAUGGCCAUGCCGGGGACUUCCCGAAGUGAAAAGGACAGGGCUGGUCCAGCUACCAGAGAUUACGUUGCCCUGCCAAUGAAGAGGAAGUCAGAUGGCAUCUUGUCCCAAUGCCAGCAACACAUCUGUCUGAACAGCUGUGAAGAGCAAAACCUUGAUGCUUUGCAAGAGAUGGAUGACUUUGAGAGAGAUCAUAAACAUUUUCAUCCUGGUGAAAUGGAAAGAGAGGAGAAGAUAGAACAGCUGGAGAAGAUGGUGUUUGACCUCCAACAGGAUGUCCUUUCUCUGAAGAAGAAGGUGCAGAGGCUGGAAUCCUUGUCCUUCCAGGAGGAGCCUCACCGGCAGCCGUGUGAGGUGGUGGAGCUAUUCAACGGCUACACUAAGGAACAGCUCAAAGAGACCAUCCGUUUUGAUCAGAAAAUCAGCACUGCCUGCAAGACCCUGCUCUACAAGCUCUUCACAUCUGACUACAUCCAGAGCCACUCCAUCACAGGGCGGAGGGGCAAUACUUUCCGAGAAGCGAAGCCCAUGAUGGAUGAACGCUGCAUCAAAAUCAUCAGGGUGCUGUUGAAACAGAAGUUUGGAGAUCACCUCAGUGACACAGUGAUCACGGAGAAGAUACAAAAUGUGCAGAAAGCCCUGAGGCAGAAGUUUAAGACAGAAUGUCUCUGAUGCGUGAGGGACUUGGUGUCUCUUCCUACCACGCUCAUCGGUGUACCUGAGCAACUCUCCCAGAAAAGACGAGUUUCAUGUGCUGCUGCUCAGCUGAUUCCCCCCAAGAAGCCUACCCAAGUCAACUGCAGGCUAAACACAACACAGACCAUUCACUGUCAAACCUCUGCCUGCAUUAAGUGAGCAAAGUUGGGAAGUUUGCCCGGCUUGGCUAGGGUUUUGCACAUCUGUUAGCACUUCAUGAGUUUAUUUCCAUCCAGUCUGUGUGCAAACCUCACUGCGGGGUGCAUGUCAUAAUCCCUCGGUCUUUUGAUGGACGUGCUUGAAAGCUUGAACAUCCUUCUUGUGUCCAAGUACGGGUCAGGAAGCCACCUUUGUUCCACCCUGAAGUGGAUUAGAGAUAAAGAUUGGCUCUGGGGUAGGGAGUGUAACCCCAAAAGCAGAGGCUCCAGCUGCAGAUGGGCUUCGUGUCACCCAACGCUGCUUCUCUCCGCAUGCCUGUGGUUGCUCCCUGCAGCCUGUGGGACAAUAUUUGUUCUCUUUGCUCCCAGUGGAUGUGUUUUACAAUUUCCUGCGGUAACAGAAAGGCAGAGUCCUUAAAACAACACUAUAAAACAUUUGGAGAAAGGUAAUUUCAUUUUUUUCCUCUGAUGAAUGUAGCUGUGUGGGAGAAGCGUCUUCACUAACAAAAACCCGCUGAACAAGAGAAGUGGUCACCCAUGGAAAUUACAUUAAUUUUCCUUUCAAAACCAGGUUGUUUUAAUAGAGAAAUCCUGUACAUAAGAGUAGGGGGAUGGAGGACAAAAUAUAGCCCAGCAUAGCUUCACCUUCCCUUCAAAAUUCAGGCGUAUUAUGAACAAGGUCACUAUAGUUUAAAAACCGUAUUUCUAUCAUAGUUAAGAAAUUUCAAGUACAACCCAGGAUUUUGCUGUGUGAGAGGCUACACAAAAGGGCUAGAAAAACAUAUCUUUUCCCAGAUAGUUCAGAGCUAGAGUUUGGGUGGGUUGAAGGUGUUUCUAACAUCAAAAGAAUAAGAUGCUGACAGCAGUCUACCUAACUUUUAUGCUGCAAAAUACCAAGUGUUCCCUUUUAAAGAGGUUUCUUGGGCAAGAAAUAGGUUUUCUAAGUUUGAUUUUUAAAUUAUUCAGGAAAGGAAAUGCCAGUUGUUUUGCAUUAAUCAGACUAUUUGGAUUAAUUUAUAUAUUUUGUUCCAUUUUUAAGUAUUUGAUUUCUUCACAGCUACAUGAAAAAUAAUAAUGCAGAAUAAAUGUAUUGAAAAACAAGUGGCUGUUUUGAAAGCAAAAAAAAAAAAAAACCUGGAAAUGUGUUAUUUUCAG